AUGGCUUCUUCUACUUCUUCUUCUCCUCAAGUAAAGUAUGACGUUUUUCUUAGUUUCAGAGGUGAGGAUACUCGCGAGGGUUUUACCAGCCACCUCAAUGCAUCUUUGUGUAGGCGAAAGAUUAUAACUUUUAUGGACGAUAAACUUAGAAGAGGAGAUGAGAUUUCACAGUCUCUUUUGAAUACAAUUGAAGGGUCAAAGAUUUCAAUCAUUAUUUUCUCUAAAGGCUACGCUUCUUCUAGAUGGUGUCUUGAAGAACUUGUAAAGAUUAUAGAUUGCAAGAAAAUGCAUGUUCAGAUUGUGAUACCUGUUUUCUAUUAUGUAGAUCCUUCAGAUGCGAGGAAGCAAACAGGAAGUUUUAGAGAUGCAUUUGCUGAGCAUGAAGUACGAUAUAAGGAGAGGAAAGAGAUGUUGCAGAGAUUGAGGAAUGCAUUGACGGAAGCAGCCAAUCUGUCUGUCUUUGAUUCAAAUUCCAUCAGGUGA